UCCAAGGAGAAAAAUGCUGAAAACUUCAAGUAAGACCACAACACAGAUGACAUUAUAGAUGCUCUAUCUCUCAUCGUAUAUAAAACUGUCCUUUUGUCGCUGUAAACAAUUCAAACUGGUACAAGACUACAGAAAAGUUUGAGCAUGUUUCACCUAAUUAAGAAAGACAAAGAGAAGGAGAAGGACUUGAUCAAGAAGGAGAAGAAAGAGAAGAAAGAGCGUAUGUCCCAGGCAGAGUUAAAGAGCCUGGAAGAGAUGAGCAUACGGAGAGGCUUCUUCCACCUCAAUCGAGGGAGCUCUAAGAGGGACUCCAGGGGCAAAUUGGAGAUCUCUAGUCCUAUCCCAAUUAAGGUGGCUACCAACAUGGAGCUCAGCCUGACAGACCUGGAGGCUGAGCGCCUUCACAACACCCUGGGGACAGAUAUGGGGCAAAUGAGUGCAAGUACCUCUGCUGAGGACGUGAAGGGAAAUGAACUCGAUCAUCAUCGCAGCUCCGUAAAGGAGAGAGCAGCAAAGUUUGGGGAAUUGACCAGGUUGAAUUCUGUGUUAGGCCAGAGGCACGUUUCUUUUUCCCAGAGGAGCAAAGAGGACGAUGCUGUGGAGGCUUUUAAUCUCUAUGGACAGAACUGGACUUCAUUUUCUUUCAAGUCCCACUCCAACCCAAACAUCCAUGUGGUUCACAUUCCUGAGAUGGUGGAGAAAACCUUCCCAGGAGCAGACCUACAGCUGCCUAUGCUUGUUGCUCCACCAAUACCAGAUCCAAGAGAGCUGGAGAUACAGCGGCGCAACACUGGGGAUUUCGGCUUCUCUUUGCGAAGGACCACCAUGCUAGAUAGGCAGCCUGACGGAGGAGCGUGUCGGCGCGUGGUUCACUUUGCUGAACCGGGUGCUGGGACCAAUGACCGGGCUCUGGGCCUGGUGCCAGGAGACAGGCUGGUGGAAAUCAAUGGGAUCAAUGUGGAGAACAAGAGCAGGGAUGAGAUCGUGGAGAUGAUCCGUCAGUCUGGAGAGUCGGUCCGGCUCAAGGUGCAGCCGAUUUUGGAGCUGAGUGAGUUGAACCGCAGCUGGCUGAGGACCACUGAAGGCCUGCACAGAGACGUUUCCGAUGGAAAGACAGAGGAGCAGAUAACGGCUGAGAAAGCCUGGUACAACACAGACAAAGUAUGGCUUGUCCACAAGGAUGGAUUUUCCAUUGCAACUCUCCUGAAGACGAAGGCAGGCAGUCUGCCAGAGGGGAAGGUGAAAAUCCGCCUGGAUAGUGAUGGAUCCUUAUUGGAUGUGGAUGAAGACGUUGUAGAGAAGGCAAACCCUCCGAUGUUUGACCGAGUGGAGGACCUGGCCUCUCUGCAGUAUUUGAAUGAGUCGAGCGUGAUGCACUCGUUGAGGCAGCGGUACGGCGGUAACCUGGUGCACACCCACGCUGGUCCCAACAUGGUGGUCGUUAACCCCAUUAGUGCCCCCUCGAUGUACUCUGAGAAGGUGAUGCAAAUGUUCAAGGGCUGCAGAAGGGAGGACACUGCUCCUCACAUUUACAGCAUGGCCCAGGCUGCAUAUAGGAACCUCCUGACCACUCGCCAGGAUCAGUCCAUUGUCCUGUUGGGCAAGAGUGGCAGUGGCAAGACCACCAACUCUCAACACAUCAUCCAAUACCUGGUCACCAUUGCUGGCAGCACCAACAAAACCUUCUCCACAGAGAAAUGGCAGGCGGUCUACACAGUUUUGGAGGCAUUUGGGAAUGCCUCUACCUGUAUGAAUGGGAACGCUAGUCGCUUCUCCCAUAUUGUUUCCAUGGACUUUGACCAGGCAGGCCUGGUGACAUCUGCCUCUAUCCAGACCAUGCUUCUGGAGAAGAUGAGGGUGACAAGAAGACCAGAAGGAGAGUCCAGUUUUAACGUCUUUUACUACCUGAUGGCUGGAGUAGACAGCUCUCUUAGAACUGAAUUGCACCUUAACCACUUUGCUGAAAACAAUGCGUUCGGAAUCAUGCCUCUGUCUAAGACUGAAGAUAAGCAGAAGGCCUCCCAACAGUUCUCCAAGCUGCAAGCAGCCAUGAAGGUUCUGGGGAUCGGUGGUGAAGAGCAGAGGGCCUUCUGGCUCGUCCUCGGAGCCAUCUACCACCUUGGGUCAGCAGGAGCUACUAAGGCUGGCAGGAAACAAUUUGCACGUCAUGAGUGGGCCCAGAAGGCAGCCUACCUGCUGGGCUGCACCCUGGAGGAGCUCUCCUCCUCCAUCUUCAAGCACCAGGCCAAGGGCACCCUGCCCAGAGCCAGCUCCAUCCGCCAGGCUUGUGACGAAAAUGGCACCGCAGAUUCAGGAUCCAAGGCUACGGCCAUGGACUGUUUAGAGGCCAUGGCAGCUGGGCUUUACUCGGAGCUCUUCACCAUCCUCAUUUCUUUAAUUAACCGGGCCUUGAAAUCCAGCCAGCACUCCUUGUGCUCUCUGCUCAUUGUGGACACACCAGGCUUUCAAAACCCCAGACUGGCUAAGCGUGAAUGCGGUGCGACCUUUGAGGACCUAUGCCACAACUACACUCAAGAACGCCUGCAUUCCCUCUUCUAUCAGCGCACCUUCGUUCAGGAGUUGGAGAGAUACAAAGAAGAGAACAUCGAGCUUGCUCUAGAUGACACAGAGCCCAGCACCUCCCUGUCUGUAGCAGUGGUAGACCAGGCCUCAAGUCAAGCACUGGUACGGACAGUGCGAACAGAUGAAGCACGGGGUCUGCUGUGGCUGAUGGAGGAGGAGGCGCUGCAGCCCGGGGGGUCAGAGGAAACCCUGUUGGGACGUCUCUUUAGCUACUAUGGACCUGCUGAGGGCGAGAGUAAAGGUCACACUUUCCUCUUGAAGAGUGAAAAGGAUCAUCAUUUCCUGCUGGGCCACAGUCACGGGACUGACUGGGUGGAGUACGACACCUGCGGGUGGCUGAACUACGCCAAGCAGAAUCCUGCAUCUACCAAUGCUGCAAGCCUCCUUCAGGACUCCCAGAAGAAGAUCAUCAGCUCGUUGUUCAUGAGCCGAGUGGCUGGAGCCACUGUUCUGUCCGGUUCCGUCGCGGGCCUUGAAGGUGUUUCCCAGCUGUCCUUGAGACGGGCUACCAGCAUGAGGAAGAGUUUCACCACAGGGGUGGCUGCUAUCAAGAAGAAGUCCCUGUGUAUCCAGAUAAAGCUUCAAGUGGAUGCUCUCCUUGACAUGGUACGCAGGUCCAGGAUUCACUUUGUUCACUGCAUAUUGCCCAAGGCAGAUAGCCUCAAGGCUCUGAGUGGAUCCCUGUUCAAAGCAGGGGAAUGUGAGGCUCAAGGGGAGACUGGAGAUCCCGGCUUAAUGCAGCUAGAUGUAGCCCUCCUCCGUGCUCAGCUUCGUGGCUCCAAGCUGCUGGAUGCUCUCCGGAUCUACAGGCAAGGUUACCCCGAUCACAUGGUGUUCUCUGAGUUCCGCCGCCGCUUCGAUGUGCUGGCACCGCACCUCACCAAGAAGCACGGGAGGAAUUACAUCGUUAAGGACGAGAAGAGAGCUGUGGAGGAGCUACUGGAGUCCUUGGAUUUGGAGAAGAGCAGCUACCACAUGGGUCUCAGUAGGUUGUUCUUCAGAGCCGGCACCUUGGCUAAACUGGAGGAACAGAGGGACGAGCAGACCAAGCGUAAUUUCACACUGUUCCAAGCUGCCUGUAGGGGCUACCUGGCACGACAAGCCUUCAAGAAGAGGAAGAUUCAGGAUCUAGCCAUCCGCUGCGUCCAGAAAAACAUCAUGAAGAACCGUGGCGUGAAGGACUGGCCAUGGUGGAAGCUCUUCACCACGGUGCAGCCCCUCAUUAAAGUCCAGCUCUCUGAGGAGCAGAUGCGUGGCAAAGACGAGGAGAUACAGCAGCAGAAAUCGAAGCUGGAGAGGGUGGAGAAGGAACGGAAUGAGCUGAGACUGAACACGGAUCGAUUGGAGAGCAGGAUCUCAGACUUGUUGGCAGAACUGGCUGAUGAGAGAAGCACUAGUGAGUCAGCAUCCCAGCUGCUAGAGACUGAGACUUCAGAGAGGCUUCGCCUGGAGAAGGAUAUGAAGGAUAUACAGGCAAAGUUUGACGGGAUGAAGAAACAAUUAGAAUCUCAGGAGAUGGAGGUGAUGGAAGCUCGGCUCAUGAAAACAUCAGAGUUCAACGGGGAGAUGGACGAUGACGAUGAUGCUGGAGGUGAGUGGCGGAUAAAAUACAACCGAGCCAUUCGUGAAAUGGACUUCACCAAAAAGAAACUCCAGCAGGAGUUUGAUGAGAAACUGGAGACAGAGCAGCAGAGCAAAAGGCAUCUUGAAAGAAGGCUGGCUGAUUUGCAGACAGAUAAUGAGGAUGUGCAGCGCUCUGUGCAGCAGCUGAAGAAGAAGUGCCAGAAACUGACGGCAGAGCUGCAGGACACCAAGCUUCACCUAGAGGGCCUGCACAGUCGCAACCAUGAUUUGGAGAAGAAACAGAGGAAAUUUGACCUGGAGCAGAACCAGGCUCAGGCUGAGGUACAAAGAGAAAGGAGCCAGAGGGAGAAGCUGGCUCGAGAGAAAGACUUAAUGACUGGUGAGAUGUUUAACCUCCGCCAGCAGCUGCAGGACAAGGACGUUGAAUUGUGUGCCGCGAAUAUGAAGGUGCAGCAGCUGGAGGCAGAGCUACAGGAUCUUUCCUCCCAGGAGUCGAAGGACGAAGCCUCCCUGUCCAAGGUCAAGAAGCAGCUCCGCGACCUUGAGGCCAAAGUGAAAGAUCAGGAAGAGGAGCUGGACGAACAGGCUGGAACCAUCCAGAUGCUGGAGCAGGCCAAGCUGCGGCUUGAGAUGGAGAUGGAGAGGCAGCGGCAGACGCACUCCAAAGAUAUUGAGAGCAAGGAAGAAGAGGUAGACGAGAUCAGGCAUUCCUGCAGUAAGAAGCUGAAACAGAUGGAGGUGCAGCUGGAGGAAGAGUAUGAAGACAAGCAGAAAGUGUUGCGUGACAGGAGAGAGCUGGAGUCCAAACUGCUGAACGCCCAGGACCAGGUGAGCCAGAGGGAUGUGGAGACAGAGAAGAGGCUGAAGAAGGACCUGAAGAGAACCAAAGUCCUUCUGGCUGAUGCACAGAUUAUGCUGGACCACCUGAAGAGUAACGCCCCGAGCAAGAGGGAGAUCGCCCAGCUCAAAAAUCAACUGGAGGAGUCAGAGUUUACUUCCGCAGCAGCAGUGAAGGCUCGAAAGAGCAUGGAGAUUGAAAUAGAGGACUUGCACAUCCAAAUGGAGGACGUCGUCAAAACGAAGAUGUCGUUGGAGGAGCAGGUCAGCCGUCUGCAGAGAGAGAAGAAUGACCUGCAGUCUCGUAAUGAGGAGGAUCAGGAAGACAUGAAUGAGUUGAUGAAGAAACACAAAGCUGCAGUUUCCCAGUCUGCCAGGGACUUGAGCCAGAUCAGUGACCUGCAGGCCCAGCUGGAAGAAGCCACAAAGGAGAAGCAGGAGAUCCAAGACAAGCUUCAUUCGCUGCAGAGCCAGCUAGCGUUCCAAGAACAGUCCAUGGUGGAAAAGUCUCUCGUGUGCCGCCAGGAGGCCAAGAUCCGUGAGCUGGAGACCAAGCUGGAGUACGAGAGGACACAGGUCAAACGCUUGGAGAUCCUGGUGGGUCGUCUGAAGGAGAACUUGGAAAAGUUGACAGAGGAGAAAAACCAACACAAUGCAGCAGAAAACAGGGAGAAGGACCAGAAUAAGCGAAUGCAGAGGCAGAUAAGGGACAUGAAAGAAGAAAUGGGAGAGCUGUCCAAGAAGGAGUCCGAGGCGAGCCGGAAAAAGCACGAACUGGAAAUGGACAUCGAGAGCUUAGAGGCGGCAAAUCAGAGCUUACAAGUGGACCUCAAGCUGGCCUUCAAGAGGAUAGGUGACCUGCAGGCUGCCAUAGAGGACGAGAUGGAGAGUGAUGACAAUGAUGACAUAAUCAACAGUUUGCAAGACAUGGUGACAAAAUAUCAGAAAAGAAAGAACAAAACUGGGGAUGAGACAGAAACAGAUUCCGAGGUGGAGGACCGUGUGGACGGAGUUAAGUCUUGGCUGUCGAAGAACAAAGGCUCCACCAAGACCCUGUCAGAGGAGGGAAGUCUAAAGAGCACCAGAUAUGCCGCAAAUGCUGAUACCAAUGAGGUUAAAGAAGGUAAGGAGAAGAUAAACGACGGAAGUAAAGACGGGAAAGAAGUCGAGCCUAACAGAUCAGUGUCUGUCAUGAGUUCCUUAAGCUACAGGAAGCGUUCCAACCUGAAAGACUCCAUAGGGGGGACAGGCGAUGAGAGCUCCUUGUUUAGCACUCUCAAAGAACAGAAUGACACACCAGACCAGGCCUCCAUUCGCAAAGCCAAGUCGAAGUCUGGAGUGCUCCAGGAGGAUUGGAAGAGAAGCCAGGCACAGGAAGACUUAGACGACAAAGGCUCCGUUAUCUCCAUGGCCUAUUCUGAAGCCACUAGCAGAGCCAGGAAGGGCCUGGAUUCCCGCUGGACCUCCCGCAGCAGCCCAGAAUUUGAUAAGGAAUCCAUGGUGUCCUCUGUGGCUCCUAGCAGGAUGUCCACCAGGAGAAGUGUGGUGGACAAGGAUGAUGACAACAAGUCGACUGUCAGCAGUGUGAGCCGCUCCAGCCCCCGGUCGCUGCAGCGCAGCAGUUCUUGGAAAGACGACAGGCGCAGUAGCUCACGCCUGUCCGUUGCCCGCAGCUGUGGCCUCAGUGAAUUUGGCGUGCAUGAUGAUGAUGAUGAUGAUGAUGGCCAUAGUGUGGCUUUUACUGAUGGAGGACCUUCAUCUUUCAGUCCCCGUUCCCUCACUCGCAGCUUUUCUACUCCAGCCCAACCACGUUUGUCAGACGGCAAUCUGCCAGAUUCAUCUGACAUUAAGUCAGUCGCCCACCGCAACUACUUGGACCCCGACUUGGAGGCUGCCAUCAAUGAGGUGCUAAGCUUCAAACCCAUUAAAUUCAAGCGCAGCAAACUUGACGAGUCGAGCGGCGAGGAAGAGGAUGAGAAGAAGGGGCCAGGAAGCGAGGACGGCAGGAAGAGGGUAGACGUGGAGGGGCUAGGCAGCAGCACAUCCAGCCUGCUUCGCUCUGCAUCGGGCUCCACUCUGGACUACAGCAAUCGGCCAUCCAGCACCAUGAGCAGCAGCAGCUCCCGCAGUCGGAAAGAUAAAAAAAGCAAAGUCUCUCUGUCCGACGACUCCUCCUCAGACGAUCGUCACAGCAGAAAGAGCUCGAGGGGGAAGAAGGGCAAGAAGUCCAAGAAGAGAUCUAAGAAGAAGCAAAGCGAGUCUGAGGAUUCCUCUUCCUCCUCAAAGUCGUCUGAUUCCUCUUCCUCCGACUCGACCAUAUCCUACCGCAGCUCCAGCAGUGUUAAAAGGACCCCGAAACAACUAUCUGACGAUGAGGAGCAGGAGCCCGCAGGUCGUGGGACAUCUAGCAAGAAGGAAUCCAAGAAGAAGCAGAAGAAGUUGGAUGGCUUGAUGAUGAAGUACCGCUACAAGCCUGGCAGUGACUGAUCCCGACAGUGGAAGCCCUUCUGUGUGCCGCAGACACCUGAGUCUUGGCAGAUCUGAUGAAGAGGAUGAGAUGGACAGAAACUCCAGCAGGCAGUCGCUGAGGCAGAGCGAUGGCGUAGUCACAUUGGCAGAGAGCGUAUCGUAACCUGGA